AUUAAACCACUGCUUGCCAAGGCUAAGUCAACUGCGGCAGCGACUGAAUCAGCAGAGCAACCGCUUCAAAGUAACCUCAAAGAGGGAGAAUUUCAGCCCGUGCCUAUAUUUCAAACAAGCUUGCAUUUUGGUGAGGGUCAUAUCAGCUAUAGCGAGGAAGCUAAAGAAAUAAAAGAAAGUUAGUAUUUUCUUUAGGGUCAAAUCUUUAAAAAUUGUUAUAUCUUAAUUAAGAUUAAACUUAGGUAACCAACACAAGGGCGCUAGGUCUUCAUAUAUAGCCAAUUUUUAGAAAAAUUGUGAACAGUUAAAGAAAGGUAGAUUCGAUUGCGGGAUGUGGUAGAUAGUUAUAAUAAUGAGUUCCAACUGUUUAAUCUAUAAGCGUAAAUGGUGGAAAUAUCAAUUAUGAAUUUAUACGAUAUAAAGACGCUUAUUAAAUUAUUAACUUAGUUAUUAAAAACUUGUAAUCGUAUGGAAUAUAGAAUAAAAGGGUGCACCUUUAUCUGUAGCCCAGUAUUUACCCACAAUGCAAUAUACAAAGUAUAGACGACGGUUCAAAAUUUGUAUGCUUAUUUUUCGGUAAACAUAGCUUAAAGUGGAUCAUUGCAAGACGAAUUCAUAUAUGAAUUUGCCUUGAUUGGAUAGUUUUUACUUAAUUCUUCCACAUUUUCCAAGGUACCAUAACUAUCGCAGGUCAAAGAAGAUAAACUCUAUAGAGGAACUAAAAAGAAAAAUGCUUGCUUUAAAAUUUUAGAAAAAAAUCAGUUAGAUGAACCUGCCUUAUUAGGGUUCAAUAAUUUUGUACCUCUACCGGCGAACCCAUAAACUCAGGCUCAUUUAGCAAAGCCAUACUAAGUGGUGAUUCAUUACGUAACUGAUUGUUGAUAUUGGUCAAACUUGUUAACAAAUAAACACAAAAGUAUAGAUACCUUGUAUACACAUCGAGAGGAGACCUUUGCAAACAGAUUGGGAAGCUCGCUAAUUGCCAACUUAUUAACGCUUUUUAUAGAAGGGAAAAUCGCGAUAAAUACAAAUGUAUUUUUUAUAUCUAAAAUUAGGUCAAAAUAAAACUUCAGUUGUAUUUAAUUGUACAAAAUCGGACGUCUACCUAAUUGCAGUACAUCUAAAUAAAAAUUAUAUCAAUCUUACCUUUUAUCGAACCAAACCGCAUCAUAAUUCCAUCGAAUGCUUUUCCGUUUUAUGCAUCACAUUCGUUUUAAUUAGCACAAAUUAUUAAAAGGUUAACAAUUUCAGUAAACACGACAGUGUACAAUAUUUCUCACUUCUCACUGGCGUUAUUUGCUUUUCCAUUUUCAAUUGCGCGUUUAAACUUUCUGUUUAUGUAUAAAAGCCACAAGUACACUGGUUACAAAAAUAGUGUCCGUUAAUAUUUCGAAGGUAACAGUGAAGGAUACAAGACGAUGCGCAAAUUCAUUAUAUUAGCCAGUUUAGUGGCAUGCUGUGUGGCAGCUCCCACACUCCAGCAAACAUCAAAAGAACAACAAGAUCACAGUGUACUCCUACAGCGUCCCAGUCCCAUCAAUCCUGAUGUACCUAGUGACCCUAAGCCACCUGAGAAAAUUAUUAAGAUCACCGAUCCAAAGGAGAUUGUGAAACAUAAGCGUGAAGCUGAAGAUGUUCCAUAUAAUCACAUUUCACGGUUUGCGCCAACUGCACAUCCCACACGACAGGCGGAGAAGCAACACCCACACGAAUCCGAGGAGAAACAUCUUGUAGGAGCUGAUCCUACUCAUCAUCGCGAAAAGCGAGAGAAACAACAAAUUAAAGAUACAAGAAAACCAGAAAAAGCACCAGCUCCGCCAGCACCUGCAAACAAGGCAGCAGUGAAAAAAGAUAGUCCGAAGCGUCCACGUGGCCAAAGUGGACCAACCAAAUCCAUUGUACCAACACCAGAACCAGCACGUGAUUUACCAAAGCACCGACUACGCCGUCAAGUGGACCCACAUCUACUAGGUGCAUCUACAGUUGGAGUGACUCCACUCAUUUAUCAAGAUGAUGAUAAAAAGUCGGACGAAGCUGAGGCGCAGCAUGAAGUUAAAUCCUCUGAAGAAUCAACAGAAUCCACAGCCAAACCUGCUACCCAUGAGUCAACUCAAGUUAAACGAGAUAUACCAGUGCCUUUAGUGCCGAAAUACCAUCAUCCUGAGGAAUCGCCAAAUAGUAAAAACCAAGAAGAUAAAGUAGAAGCAGUGAAAAAUAACGAACACCAUCCAAAUGAUGAAGACAGUAAAUCGCACGAAAGUGACGAAAGCGAUGAAGACUCUAAAGAAAAGAAGCCAGCGCCAGCUAUUCAAAAUCACCAGCCGAUCAAUCAGGCAGGGCAACCACUACCUGCCCAGCAGCAUCAAAUUCAAAUACCUGCACAACCCUCGCAUCCAGAUAUUGAAAAUAAUAAGCCUAUUGAAGUGCACAAUAAUGGUGAACCGUUAGAAGUGCGCCCACACGUUGGACAGCAGCAUCAAACUCAAACAUCAGCACAGCCCUCGCAUGCAGUAGAGCAAAAUGAUAAACCAGAGCCAGAUAAUCCCCAACAUGCACAACAACAUCAGCAUACGGAAGAUCCGGCAACGGAGCAAAAUAAACCUCAUGAAGUUCACAAUAAUGAAUCUGUCUUAGAGCAGUUGGCCG